UAUGAGGUAUGUACGUUGUGCUUAAGAUCUGCAUCGUUUCUUUUCUCAGACAACUUCAAUGUUGUCUUCGAUUUAUUCUCCAUUGCUUUAGAUGGUGAAAAGUGGUAUGUGCUUCCUGCCACUGGAGUAAUGCAACUGCAAACAAUCGAUGUUGAGAAGCAAAAUGGCGUCUUUGUUGUUGGGACUUUGGCAGAAACCAGUCCAAAUACUCUUGGAUUUUUCACUCUUGAGUCGAUAAUCUUGUCUGUGUAGUGGGGCAAAUCAAGUGGAAGGAAUUUUUGACGGUUACAGCAGGAGGGUUAAUAUAUAUGUGAGAGAUGCAAAGAACUUCUACAAAUCAAAAAAGGCCUUAUUUUCAAGAUCCAUUUUGUAGAGAUCAAUAUAAUGGCAUCAGUACAUAUCACAGAUUUUGGAAGUGCAACUGUCAACCCUCAGCCGAUACCUGUUGAAGAUACAGAAUUCUUGCUGGAGGACUAUCUGUCUUCAGCGAAAAUGAAAGAAAUGACAGGUGUAGAUGAUCUGGAUGAUGUCAAAUAUCUUGAGAUGAGAGUUGAUACGACGGAAACUAGUCUUGGAAAUUUCGGAACUAUGGUUCCAAAUCUGAAGUACUUAAAACUAAGUAAUAGCAUCAUUGCAACAGUUCGUGAUCUUGGUACAUCACUAGAAAACUUAUCCGUCCUCUGGAUGCCUAGAUGUUCACUGUGUGAUCUGGAUGGAAUGGGUUCUAUGUCUUCCCUUCAGGAGUUGUACUUGGCGUAUAAUACCAUUUCAGAUCUCAGCCCUUGCAGUAUGCUGGAAAGUCUACAGUUACUAGAUCUAGAAGGGAACAACAUUGAUGACAUGUCUCAAGUUGAGUUCUUGAGUUUAUGUCCUAAACUAACCACCCUGACAUUAGAAGGCAACCCUGUUUGUCAAGCACCGUGUGUAGACUAUAAUAAGGAUGAAGAGGGUGAAUUUGACUACCGAGCUGCCACCUCUAAGGCCAUUCCCCAACUCACAAUACUUGAUGAUGAUCCAUUGUCAGUUGUACCCUCUAGCCUUGGUAGAACAUCAGCAAACAUUAGCAUGGAAUGGCUUCUUGUUAAUGAAGCUAUCAAAGAUCAAGGGUCAAAUGAGAAGCUGGAGGUUGAAGAUGGUAGACCAGGAACUGCUCGACCAUCCUCUGCAUCCAACCGGCGACCAGGAUCCACCAGACCGGGAUCAGCUAGACCAGGAUCAGCUAGACCAGGAUCGGCUAGACCAGGAUCGGCUAGACCAGGAUCAGCUCGACCAAGUUCUUCUGGAGCCAGGCCUGGGAGUAGCUUAGGUACUAGACCAGGUACUGCCUCAGGUACAAGACCAGGGACUGCCCAAGGAGAGAGACCAGAUACAGGAGGUUCAGACAUUCAUCCAACGCAGGAAGAUGCUAGUGAUCUUACACACGGUAGUGGAGGAGUCAUAUGUGGUAACCCAGUCAGAGCUCUGCGAAAGAGACGGAGAAGAAACAAGGACACGACACCACCAUACCAACCUGCAAGUAUCUUCUCGAUGUUCCAGCAUCAACCAGACCAUUCUUAUGUCUUAGAAGAGGAGGAGGAUGGCAAAAGUAAGGAGGAUAUUUUUGCAGAGCUGACAGAGUGGAAGCAACAACAUGAAGCAAAAAUACUGGCUCGCAUCAAGGAAUCAGAACCCCAAGUCCUAAAAAUACAUCACAGCGAUGACGAUGACUCUACUCAAGAUUACUUCAACAAUCUAGGAUAUGAUGAGGACUACAGACUUGCUUCCCCAUCACCAACAUCAGAUUACCCAGAGUCCUUAGCAUCAGGAGGAAUGGAUCGUGAACCCACUCCACCGCUAGCGCCAUCUCCUAAAAUUCCACAAGCACCAAAGAGCCGAGCCACAGUCCGGCCAAAAACAGCAAAUGAUUUCAGAUCAAGAAGAGUCCGAGUGCGUUCCUUUGAAGACAACCAAGGCUUGGACCAACGCCUACAAGACAUGCAUUUAUCCAUGGAUGAUGACAUGGAAGCCAGUGAUUCUGGACAGACAAGCCCAGCUGUGAUGCAAUACUCACCACCUCCAAUCGUACCAGCAGAGAACAGACCAUUCUCUGGACCUGUUGUUGGAACGAGAAAGUUCAAGAUAAAUCCAGAAAACUCCAAGCCAGAACCAAAGAAUAUUGAUCGUCAUCAGCCUGUUAUUCGGUCAUCCAUAAAUACACCCCCUAACCUAGCCUAUCGACUGUCUCGUUUGGCUCGGCCCUCCACUGCACGAGCAGCAAUGCAGUUACAGCGCCCUCCUAGGUUACCAUCCAGAGAGCCACGAUUCAACUCCUUUGAUUGAUCAUGAUUACAUUGAAGCAGUCAUGAGGUUUGAAUGACAUAGUUACGUCAGGCCUGCCCCUCGCUAGUCUGUGUGAUGCUUUGUGUGCAUUAGGGGAAGUUCAGGCAGUCACAUGGGGUGGAAAACCAGUAUCAUCAAGAGUGCUUGACUGAGGUCAUUCACUUGAUAAUUGGAUCCAGGUUGGUCACUUGACUGAGGUCAUUUACUUAAUACCCAGGUCAAUCCUAUCAGGGUCAUAUAGCAAGUUGUGCAUGGUAUCACAGGAGUUCCUUAAUACUUCUUGUUCAAGUUUGUGUACUAUGGUUGCUUUGUAUGUUUAUUUCAUGAAAUACAGUGUGUUCUGUUUUGCAUAGUGAAUUUGGUGUAUUAGUGUAAAAUUAGUGGUUGGCAGUGAAGAUCGGAAUUGUCAUGCUGCCGUCUGUCCAUUUUGCAAGCUACCAAUUCACUUCCUUCUUCAUUCCAUCCAUAAAGGCUUUACUUUUUUGGUAUUGUUAGUAUUUUGUAUUGUAGAAUAUUUAUGUAUAUAUGCAGUGUUAAAUCAGCAAAUGUGCCGUCCCAAAAUGAUCUGUCCGGAAAAAGUAUUGACAUUCAUUUUUCUUAAUCACUUUUGUCAGUAAUUUCAUGACUUUUGUGUAAAUAUGGGAAAUUAUAAGUAAUAAAAUGACUAUUUAUUACUGUGAACACAAACAAAUAUAGAAAGGUACAAGAAAAUGGACUGCAAUUCCUUGACAAAGCCAUUAAAAGCAGAAUUGAUGUGUAUUGCAAAGCUCUAUACACACACAUGAAUUUAUCUUCCAUACGCCACGUCUGAAACACUUCCACAGCUACAGCCUGAAGCUCCCAAACACUUGAAUAGACUUAACAUACUGUACUUAUGUACUAAGCCUAUGUUACACUAACUGUAAUGUAUUGGUAGUUAUCAGUAAUGCUGUUCAGUUCUGCUUUAAUGUAAGCCAUCUGGAUUAUCUUCAGUUUCUUGAGCAAGAAAGAGCUGCGGUAGGCUAAGCCGUACAUACCCUCAUCUUAGCAUAAAUAAGUGAUCUGGUAACAAAGCACAGGAUAUGUCAACGGGGUAAAAAGUCUACAUUUUCUCAGAAGACUAGAAAGUUGUAACCUGUGACAUAGUUACAGAGGUCAAAAUAACCAAACAAUACUCCUUACUUUAGACAACACAUCAGCUGUGAUAAAAAAUUUAUUUUUAUUACAUUUGUAUAAAUCCUGAACACUGCAAUAUGGCUGCCAAGAGUAACAUGUAUUUAUUCAAUUGAUCUGUUGGUUGAUUGGUUGGUCAAUCUAUUCACUGAUCAAUUGAUAGACUUGUGCCUGUUCACUAUCCAUUUUUUAAUAUUCCGUCCUGUAUAUAAAUAGUGCCUAAAUAAAAUGCAUUGAAGUGUC